AUGCGCCCAUGAAGAGAUGCUGCUGCUGCUGCUGCUGAUCAGAGGUGUGUGCGCUGCGGCUGGCUUAUUUACACCCGUUCAGUCACACUGCAUCAUAGAAAAGCUCUGGCGCUCCUUAGGAAAUGGACUUUCUAAAGGGAUUAAUGUGUCUCUAUGGUGAUACAUCUCAAGCUCUAAAUUUGUGUCAUCAGUCCCACAAGCUGUUCCUCCAAACAGUGUGGAAAGGAUUUACACAGCCACAUUACUGAAGAGGAUUCUAUGACUUAUGCUACAUCUCCAUUUUAACUGCGUGUCAGAAAUGCCCCCUUCCAUAAAGUGGUGCAUUAGGUGGGCUGUCUGCUUGUCCUUCAUUCUUGCACUGAUCCCCAGGUCCAGAGGAUCAACGCUGAAUUGUCACAAAAUGUGCAUAUGCGCCAGCAACAUCGUCAGCUGCUCCAAGAUGAACUUGACGAUGGUUCCAUCUGACUUGCCCGACUACACAGCUGUGCUUGACAUUAGUUUUAAUGAGAUAACCGGACUUCGCGCACAAUGGACCAAGCACAAACUUCCCAACCUCCACAACCUCUUGCUCAGCCACAACGGUUUGUCGUUCAUCUCUUCUGAGGCGUUCAUUUUUGUAAAGCAAUUGCGAUACUUGGAUCUGUCAUCAAAUAACCUGCGACAGCUGGACGAGUUUAUUUUCGAGCCACUGAUAGAUCUGGAGGUUCUUCUGCUCUACAACAACCACAUCUCGCAGAUCGACCGCACAGCCUUCUCAGGCCUCAACAACCUGCAGAAGCUCUACCUGAGCCAGAACCAGGUGUCCCGCUUCCCCCUGGAGCUCCUCAAGGACAAGAACCGACUGGACAAGCUGAGCCUGUUGGACUUGUCUUCCAAUCGGAUCAAAGUUCUCCCCAUUCAAGACCUCCAGGCACUGCCGGCCUGGAUCAAGAAUGGGCUGUACUUCCACAACAACACCCUCAUCUGCGACUGCGAGCUGUACAGUUUGAUGACUCAUUGGUAUAUCCGACGGCUCAAUUCAGCUGUGGACUUCAAGGAUGACCACACCUGCGUGCAUCCCGGCCUGGAUAAACGGGUGCUGCGUUUGUACGAUCUCAACACUCUUAUGAACUGCAGCACGUUUAAAGAAACUGACCAAGAAGCUUAUUUGGAACAGACGCUCACCCUCAGCUGUGAUACCAGACAUCGGAACAUGUCCAAGACUUGGAUGCUACCUGGAAACAUAGCGGUGCCUCCUUACGAUAACCAGAGCAUUGUGCCUCUGAAAGACGGCAACCUUGAGAUAAAAUCGAUACGACCUGAGGACUCAGGUGUGUACACUUGCUUUGCCGUGAGUGAAUACCUCAACGAAACGCUCUAUGUGGUGGUCAAAGUCCACAACUUCACCCUCAAUGGCAACAGCGAGACCCUCAACACCGCUUUCACCACUUUGGUGGGCUGCUUGGCCAGCGUGGUCCUGGUUCUUAUCUAUCUGUACCUGACGCCCUGUCGCUGCUUCUGCUGUCCCGACCAGGGCAAAAAGAACCAUCAUGAAGACAGCAUCCACUCCUCCAUGCUCAGCAUCACCCCGACGCACGAGGACAUGGCAACCAAAGCAGAGCUCAACAGGCAUGUGGCCUUCAUAGACCCCAAGGACCUGCAGGGACAGAACGGAAAGGUGAAUCCUAACGGAGAGGAAGAAGUGGAUGAGGAGGCCAUGAAGGGAAAAGGAAAACGGAAGAAAUCACUGGCAGACUCGAUUAGUUCGGUCUUUUCUGAUACUCCCAUUGUAGUCUGAGGGAGGAUGUGUAUUUUUGGCUAGAGACAGUUCUUUGUUGUGGCUUUCUCGGAUAAAGAGACUGAAGUACACAGUUUGCCAUCCUCAGUCUUUGGCUGUUUCUACAAAACCUUUCCAGCAUUUUAAUCUGUAGCACUUAAGUAUAUACUGUGAAAAGGUCUUGCCAUAUUAGUGGAAUCUAAACUUGGAGUGUUUAGAUGUUCCUGUGAGUUUAAGCCCACUAAGUGUGACUAGAGGUAGUCUGGGUGAACAACAAAUGCAUUUUGCGAUUUCUCAGUGAUCAAGCUAGGAAGCUAGGCUGACAGACAUUAGAACAUUAAUACAUCCUCUAUAUAAUCACAUUAUAAGCAUGAGCUUUGCCGACUGCUAAUGUUAAGAAUAUAGCACUGAAUGAAGCCCUUGUAGCUAAUCAUAUUUACCACAUUUUAUGCUAACUGACCAACCUUACCACUUUAUGUGAAGCCAUAUGCAGUUGGUCACUGCAAGGGAAAGCAAUGCACAAUAGCAUUUGAGAGUAGUCACAGGAAAAUGAUGGAAAAGUAUUUUUAUGUUUUUUAUGGAACAUUAGAAGUUGUUUGGAAUGAAAGUCAAACAGUAAACUGAGCAUUAAUGGUCACUUACAUGAAACUUCCUCCACCUAUUUAUGGCAAUGGAAAAAAUAAUAUCCUGGUAAAACUUAAAUGGCUGUUUGAAUCUAGACUCUUUAAGUCCAAUUUCAUAAGUUUAAAUAUCGGAUACCAAUAUAAAACAAAACUGUAAGAACUUACAGAGUUCCAUUUAUAUGAAACUAUAAUACAGCAGUUUUUCAAUGUAUUACCCCUCGCAUAAAAAAUGCAGAACGCAUGCAUUUUCAGCCGCUUGAGCUCAUCUGUCAUGACAACCAGGGAGUGACAUAUAACCAAAAUGCUAAUGCAAUCUUUUAAUAGAAUGACAUGUCCCAUCUGCCUGAACUCUCAUCUCUAAAGCAAUGAUGAUUUGAGCUUGGAUUCAACAGCCAAAACAGUUUCGGAUACUCAGACCUCUUCUCACCCUGCGUUCAUUUGCACUUGUGGUGGUUGGAGUCAGUGCUGACUCAUCCAUUGUCAGAAUGGAAGUCAUUUUUUAAGCCCUUGAAGUGCGGAGGUAACCUUCAUCAGAUAAAAAGCCAAAGGCUGAGGGAUUUUUUAAAUUAUUUUUUAACCUCGAACCAUUAUAAUUUGAAUACAUUUUCUGAAUGGAUUAAAAAUCAAGUUUGAAGUUUGAGUGAUUAGCCGAAUGUUCUCCUCAUGUUCUGGUAUUCUAAAUUAUUACUACAGGCAUACAGCAGUGAUCUCUCAGAGACCAGUAUUAUAUUUGCAUAUACAAUGUUGUAGGAACCUAAAGAGACUGCUACGAAUCAUAAUGUAAUGCGUAAAGCUCGUUGGCCGUGCUCAAGGAAGAUGUGACUAGAUCCAUUCCAAGCAGAUAUCAACAUUGUCCUGGUGGACUGUUCUAGAACACCAGUCAAUGAUGUUAGAAAACCAUACGUGGAACUCUUACUUCUGGGAAUGGCACUUCUAUUCUUCUGUUACUGGAAAGAAAUCAGAAUCAUCUCACAUGUUAACCAUAACCACAUAUUUAUAACGGGGUCUGGUUGGGAUCAGCUGGAGCAAUCUUAGUUUCCUCCGGCCUCUUUCCCUAGUAACAUCGUAAUUACAUCCUGUUUUACGAGCGAGGGAGUGGGUGAAGCUAUUAAAUGUUUGAUAGGUGGAUGAACUCACAAACAGUAUUAUCUCAGGGAGAGGGAAUGACAGAUAAUAGCAGCUAUGGCAGACUGCAGUCAUGGGCAGUUACGGUCUCUUACACGUCUCUCUGCAAUCCAAAAUUAGUGUGCAGAGGAGGGAAAGGCCUUACCAUUACGAGUGCUGUGGGAGGAGGCCUGAGAUCUCUGUGGUUCGCAAAGAGACAGAAAAGCCAAAUGCUCCCCCUAAAACCACAUCCAGCAGCUUUUCGCCCCUGUUGUGUGUGUUCUUCUUAACUGUGUGUCCUUGGCUAUUUUGCUACGAGCAGAGUUCUUGUGAAAGACCACUGUUCAUUACUCACCAUUUAACAGUAGGCUACAUCUGUGCUUUUGUCUGUGCAAACAGUGUUUGUUUUUACAGUGUUUAUGAGAUCGUGUCAUUUUAGGUAGCUUUUUUCCCCUUGAGGUUCCAAAGAGACUGAAUUAAUUCCUUGUUCUU